GAUCAAAGAAAGCAAAUUGAAAAUGGAGAAUCGUAAGGAAAAGAAGGCACACCUCAAAAGAGGUUUAUGGAAACCAGAAGAAGACUUGAUCUUGAAAAACUAUGUAGAGACUUAUGGAGAAGGCAACUGGGCAACCGUGUCUAAGAGAUCAGGGUUGAUGAGAGGAGGGAAAAGUUGCAGACUUCGAUGGAAGAAUUACUUAAGACCAAACAUCAAACGAGGAGGAAUGUCCAAGGAGGAAGAAGACCUCAUUAUCCGAAUGCACAAGCUUCUUGGUAAUAGAUGGUCUUUAAUUGCCGGUAGACUUCCUGGUCGGACCGACAACGAGGUGAAGAACUAUUGGAAUACCCAUUUGAACAAGAAAACCCUUUUGGGCAAAAAAAGAAAAACAAUUGACUCAAACGCACAACAUGAUGACAAUAUUGAGGAUCAUGGUAGCAAGAAACCGAGGCAAUCGCCUGAUUCCAAGACAACCGAGGGGUUCGAUUUGGAUGAAAACAAAGAAGCGAACGGACACGAUAACGGCGGUGUCCGAGACUGCGCCGGUGUGUGGAUGGAACAUGUGGUUCGGUGCCUCGACUACGAGUACAAGUUCGAUUACGAGACGGUGGAAACACCAUUGAUGAUGCACCACAAUUACUCAAAUCUCGUGUUUGACGAAGAGCCUUUCACAUCCUACAUGGACCCUUUUGUUCUGUUUGAGGCAUUUGGGACGACAGAUUCCGAUGUGGGAAUCCAAUCAUUCUUGCCUUAAAAGAUACAGUAUUUAACAUGGACCACCACCUGGGCAGACCACUUUGCUCGCUUUUUUCCCACACCUUUAGGCUUU